UUUUUUUUUUAAAAAAACAUGGAGUCUAUGUUUGAUAAUCUACUUAGUUCAGUAGACGCAGUUGUUUAUUCUAUUUACUUUCCUCUUCCUACUUCAGAUCAAAUAUCUUUUCUUCAAGAAAUUAGCACUUUAAUUCUUUCAGAUUUAAACCAAUAUUUGAACGAAUACAUUUGGCAAAAAGAUCCUUUUGAAUUAAGAAUAGCUAAAAAUGAAUCAGAUCCUAGUUACCCUUUCUUACACGGAAAGACUAGAUUCGGAGAUUGUAUUGAUGAUGAAUGGUUUAUCGUAUUUUUGUUGAGACAAAUAUCAUUAAAAUAUAAAGAGACAGUGAUCAGUGUCUCAGAUAAUGAUGGAGAAUUCUUGUUGAUUGAAGCUGCUAAACAGCUUCCAUCUUGGUUAGAUCCUAGUAACAGUGAAAAUAGGGUGUUCAUAUAUCAAAAUGAACUGCAUAUAAUUCCAUUACCAAAAACUCCUGCUGAAAUAUUUAAUAUACCUGCUGGAAAAUUAUCAAUUGAUAAAGCAGUUGAACUGAUACAUAAUGAUAAUAUUAAUACAAAGGCCAAUGUUAAUAUACAACUAGCUGCUUUGGAGAAAUCAAAUGAGUUUCCGCAAAAGAUCCAACAAAAUAUUCAUCGUGCAAGAUGUCAUAUUCCAAGAAAAAUAGCACAUGCAUUAUAUCUAAAUCCUCAACUUGUAGCUCCAGCUGUAGAAGCAUUUUAUACGAGAGAUCCUAUUGCAUUGAAAGCAUGUCAAAAAAUGGAAAAUUUCACUCCUUCUACAUCCAUAACUGUGACUGUGAAAUUCACGAAAACUUUAUACGCUCAAGCGAUAAGUCAACAGUUUCAUCCACCUAAACCAUUUAAAUUGCCUGCUAGCAAUUCCAAAAAAUUCAAAGCUGCUGAAUUAGGAAUGAAAUUGGCAUGCGGGAUGGAAAUAUUAUGUACGGAUAAACAUUAUACAAAGUCAGCAACAAAAUUAUCCGAUAUGAACGUUGAGACAUAUCCGUUUAAUGAGGAUUCGGAAUGGAAAUUAUUUCGUGAUAAACUUGUGAAAAGAAAUUAUUUUCGUGGAGAAGUUGAAGGAUCUAAAAAGUAUAAACAGCUUGAUAAUAUUGCUAAACAACAAUAUUUAAUAACCAAAAUGGACGAAGAAGCUAAUAAUAAAUCAAUAUUUGAACAAAUCAAUCAUUUGUUAAGCAAAUCCAUGAUUCCUGAUGAAGUUUUGACUGCAGAUACAACCGAAGAUGAUGAUUCAUGGAUAAAUAUUGAUCAUAAACAACUGGAAGAAUUACUUAAUGAAAGAGAGAGAGGCUACGGAGAAAUCAAGAAAGAAUCUAUGGACGAGCAAGUUGAUCUGACAAAUAUGAUCGACGCGUUUGAAAAGUUUAUCGAUUUCGAAGGAGCUGGAGUUGAAGGAGCUGAAUUCCUAGAUGAACAUAUGUCGGAUGAUGAUGAUGAUGAUGAUGAUGACGAUGACGAUGACGAUGAUGAACCGGAUGACAUGCUGAAUAAUAAUGAUGUUCGUUUAGAUCCGACUGAAUUUUUGAAUAUUAUGAAAAAAACUUUGGAUAUUUCUGAAGAAGAAUAUCGAAAAUUAGCAACAAAAAAAUUAAAACGAGAGCAAGAAAAGAUGUCAAAAAGUGAUAAAAUACCGAUUAUUGUGCAGGAAAAUCAACAACAAUCCACUCAAUCCACUCAAUCAACUGCACCUAUAUCAAUUGAAGAGAUGGACGAAGAUUUAGACAUGAAUACAUAUAUGCAAGCAAUGGAAGCUGAACUUUCUGCUUCAAGAAUUCCUGAAUCAUUUAUACGUUCACCAAAUGAAGCGAUAGGUAAACAAGAUGAUGACAAGAUUAAAGAUGAUCCGUCAUCUAAAAAAGAGAAGGAAAGAGCAGCUGAUUCAAUUGAUAUGGAAAAUGACGAAGAAUCAGAUGAAUUGUAUAAACCUGUUGAUAUUAAUUUAAAUCUCGUAAAGAAUUUAUUAGAAAGCUUUAAGUCUCAAGAAGGAUUACCUGGACCUGUUAGUAAUAUUUACAACAGAUUGGGAAAUGUAAUACCAAAAGAUGAAGAAGAUAAAAGUGACGAACAGUGAUAAACAAUAAUGUGCAGCAAUUAAAUGAAUAAACGGAUGAGGUAAAUUGACGAAAAAAAAUUAUUGGAAAUAGUAUAAAGAAGGGGUGGUGGUGUGAGCGUGAUAUGCUAAGUCAUGCAAUGAUGUACGUUAUGAUGCGACCAUAAAAAGGAAUAUGUGUGUACUCAUAAUAAUUUUAGAAAGAGGUUCAAGAUCUAUUUUGAAUACAAAGAGUUGAGUUAUUUAUUUAUGAUUUAAAAUAAAUCAAAUCAAAUAAAAAUCAUUACCUUCUAAUACCUAAAAUUAUAAAGUUUUGUCUUUUUGUCUUUUGAAAAUU